AUGCAGGCUAGACGCAAGAGAACAUUUGGAACAUAUGAUGGUGGAUACAAGAAGGCAAAACAGCCACUGCCGAGAGUGAUUUUGCCUAUCUUUGAACCGUCAGGUUUACUGGAACUAGGAUCUCACAAUAAGGAAGGGAUUCUACUAAAACACGUAGAGCCCAGUGAUGCACGAUCUCCCGAACAGUUUUGGGACAAGUACAACGUACCAUUAAAUCAAAGAAACCUUUUUCAAGCAGUGGUUUACAAACGUGGUGUUAAAACACCUCUAAAGGAAUACGAUUUGGGAAGUAGAAGCAGUUAUAUACUUGGGCGUGAGCUUGGAAGAAGUCUUAAUGAGCAAGAGAAAGAAGUUGUUGUGGCAGACAUUGGGAUUCCUGAAGAGACAUGUUCAAAACAACAUUGCGCAAUUCAGUUCCGUGAAAUUGGUGGGAAAUUAUUGGUAUAUGUGAUUGAUCUAGAGUCUUCGAAUGGUACCUCGUUAAAUGGAUUGAAAUUACCCAGUGCUAGGUACGUUCAACUUCGAAGUGGUGACCUUAUAACUUUAAGCGAAGAGGACGAAUCGAAUUACGAGAUAAUGUUCAUGAGCGUAUAG